GACGUAAUAAAAGCGACAACUAUUUAAAAUGUUUCAAUACCUUUGUUUUGCGUUGUGUUGCUAAGUUGUUAUAAGAUUGCUCAUAUAUUUGCUUUGUUUUAAAAAUAAGAUUUUAAGAACAUGAUGACAGACAUGGAUCCAGCCAAGUCAAUUCCUGCAUUUUACGCCGGACAAAGUAUAUUUUUGACAGGUGCGACAGGAUUUCUGGGUAAAGUGUUUGCCGAAAAAGUAUUGCGGUCUUGUCCAGAUGUGCGUAAAAUAUUUCUGUUAAUACGUCCAAAGAAAGGACUAAAUAUUAACGAGAGACUCGAAAAAAUGUUAAACAUGCCGUUAUUUGACAAAUUGCGCGAAGAACAAUCUUCUAAUUUCGAGAAAUUAGUUCCGAUUUGUGGCGAUGUAAGUGAGAAGAGACUAGGUUUGUCGGCAGCAGACAGACAAAUGUUGAUUGAAAGAGUGUCUAUAAUAAUACAUGGAGCGGCAAGUGUGAGAUUUAAUGACACUUUAAAAAACGCCAUAUUUGCUAAUACUAGAGCAACGAGAGAUAUUUGCAUUUUAGCUCAAAGUAUGAAGAAUUUAAAAGUAAGUAAUUUUUACUCAAAAAAAAAAAAAAAAAAUAACAGUGUGGAUUUGUAUCUAUGAGUAGGUAAUGUAUUG